AUGAAGAAAUUGAAAAACUAUUACAUGCACUUCAAAAACCAUCACCACCACCAAUCCCCAGAAAGAAAAUGGAUUUUCCCACUUGCAAUCGGUUCAAUCCUCUCUCUCUUCCUUCUCUUCGUUGCAACACUUACAUCACCACAAGGCACACACAUUCUGCCUUUCUACCGUUCCAUUUCAGCUUCUUAUUAUUCCGCUUUUGUUGAAUCUAAGCUUCACCCUUUACCCAUUUCAACGCUCCCUCCACCACCUCGCUUUGCUUAUCUAAUCUCUGGCUCUGCUGGUGAUGGUGCAUCUGUCAAAAGGGUGCUUCUUGCGAUGUAUCAUCCUCAUAACCGUUAUGUUGUUCAUCUUGACCUUGAAUCUUCACCUCAGGAACGUGCGGAUCUGUUGGAGUUUGUCAAGAAUCAUGAUUUGUUUAAGAGAUUUGAGAAUGUUAAGAUGAUUACUAAGGCGAAUCUGAUUACUUAUAGAGGUCCCACUAUGGUUGCUAAUACUCUUCAUGCUGCUGCUAUUUUGUUGAAGGAAUGUGGUGAUUGGGAUUGGUUCAUCAAUCUUAGUGCUUCUGAUUAUCCACUUGUUACUCAAGAUGAUCUGCUUCACACUUUUAGCUACUUGCCGCGCGAUCUUAAUUUCAUCGACCAUACUAGUGACAUUGGAUGGAAAGAUCAUCAGCGUGCGAGGCCGAUAAUUGUUGAUCCAGGGUUGUACAUGAAUAAGAAGCAAGAUGUGUUUUGGGUUACACAGAGGAGAAGUAGACCUACUGCUUUCAAGCUUUUCACAGGUUCGGCUUGGAUGGUACUCUCGAGACCUUUCAUCGACUAUGUCAUAUGGGGAUGGGACAAUUUACCGCGAACCGUUCUCAUGUACUAUUCGAAUUUCAUAUCUUCGCCCGAAGGAUACUUCCACACAGUUAUUUGCAACGCUCAAGAAUUCAAAAACACAACCGUGAAUAGCGACCUACACUUCAUUUCAUGGGACAAUCCUCCCAAGCAACAUCCUCACUACCUCACUGCCGACGAUAUGAAAGCUAUGGUCGAUAGCAACGCUCCCUUCGCAAGAAAGUUCCAUCGAGAAGAUCCGGUUUUGGACAAAAUCGACUCAGAGCUCUUAUCCCGAAACCCUGGAAUGCCUGUUCCCGGUGGUUGGUGCAUUGGCAGCAGAGAGAACGGUACCGACCCUUGCUCGGUAGUCGGUAACACUACGGUCCUAAGGCCAAACCACGGUUCAAAAAGACUAGAAACAUUAAUCAGCAAGAUGCUAUCGAACGAAAAUUUUCGGCCUAAACAAUGUGUAUGA